UUUUAAUCAUUAAAUUUGACGAUGAUUUUAAAGAUGCAGCGACAGAAAAUCGCGACGGAAUGGGAUCAUCGGAGGAGGAGCUGGAGAAGGGCGGGGACGGUGGAAGAGAUGCAACGGAACAGAUCGACCCACGAGCAGACGAGCGAGAGCUAAAGAAUCACUUACUAAAGAAGUACAGUGGGUAUCUGAGCACUCUAAAGCAAGAGCUUUCGAAGAAGAAGAAGAAGGGAAAGCUCCCAAAAGACGCAAGGCAGGAGCUGCUGAGAUGGUGGGAAGUGCACAGCAAAUGGCCAUACCCAUCGGAGGCAGAGAAGUUGGCGCUAGCGGAAUCAACUGGGUUGGAUCAGAAACAGAUAAAUAAUUGGUUCAUAAACCAGAGGAAAAGGCAUUGGAAGCCGUCUGAGGAUGUACAGUUGAUGGGUAUGGAGGGGUUUUACCAUCCCAACACUGCUGCUGCUGCUGCUGCUUUUUACUUCGAUGGGCAUUACAUGGGCGAUGCCCAUUACCGUUUGGGUCCAUGACAGGAAUUCAGCUCACAUUGCUUCGAAGUCAGAGCUUGGUUUUAGCUGCUUAUCCUAUAUGGUAUGCUAACUCUUUUUAGUCCCUAGUGAUUAUAAAAACAGGAAAAAGAAAGGAAAGGGGUAAUAGUUGAUGAUAGGGUAUUUAUUUUAUUGUGUUUACUCAUAAUAUUCUGCCUCUCUGUUGGUGAAUAUUCCUAAAUGCAUGUCAAGUGAUAAUAUCCACCCUUUAGUCUUACCAUUUCAUUUUCUGCUUCACAUUGGUUUUUUCUUAUUCUUUGAGUUUUAAAUGUUUUAUUCA